AACAAAAAUAAAAUGGUUCGCGUGACCAAUCUACGAGCUUCCAUUCAAUAUUUGCGUCUGAAUCAUCUCUGGUCACCAGACGGGCUUCAGAGCUUUCGUAGAACGGUCAAAGCCAUUCGAUAAGCAUUUAGAUACACUACAACAUUGAAUUUUCUUCUUUUCUUCCCCCCUAACCUUUUCAUUAGUGUGAACAAAAAGGCACAAAAUGGUGAAACAGCGGUUGAUGAAGAACCCCCAAAAAGUGAUGCCACAGUUGAUGGCAGCAGUGGUCGGGUCGUGGGGUUACUUUUGCAUGGGCACCGUCCGAGGAUGGGGCUCACCUGGAUUGCCAUCUCUCAAUCGAACAUUAGAUUUCGAAAUGGACGUAGACGAUUUCAAAUGGAUCUCUGCAAUGCCCAUGUGCGGCUCUUUCUUCGGGGCGCUGGCCAUCAGCAUUCCGAUGCAAUAUUGCGGCCGUAAGAAAGCCCUGAUUGGUCAUUAUCUGCUCUACAUAUUCGGAUCGCUCAUCGUAGGACUUACCUGUAUUGGCAAACACAAAGCCAUGUUGUACGCUGGACGACUUUUACAGGGAUUUGGCGUCGGAUGUACAACUCCAGCCUGUCAAAUUUACGUGAGUGAAUGCUCAUCGCCAAACGUCCGUGGGCGAUUGGGUUCCAUAACAGCCUCUUCCUUGGCUCUCGGAGUCUGGGUGGCCUACAUCAUCGGUGCCUUCGUCGCAUGGGAUAACUUAUCUUUCAUUUUCACUAUUCUGCCCGUCAUCUUCUUGUUGUGGACUUGUCUCAUGCCCGAAACUCCCAUUUGGUUGCUCACCAACGGAAUGGAAGACGAGGGACGUCGAGCUCUUCAACAACUUCGCGGAAAGAACACUAACGUGGACGCGGAAAUGCGGCGGAUGAAGGAACAUCACGAGAAAACAGCCAGCAGUCACGGAUCCAUACGCCUCGGAGAUUUGAUGAGGGGUCCCGUUAUGAAGCCGUUCGGCAUUUCAAUGGGCAUCAUGUUCUUCCAGCAAGCCACCGGCAUCAACGCCAUGAUAUUUUACACCGUCAGCAUUUUUCAGACGGCCGGAAGCAGCAUCGAUAGUCGCUACGCCACCAUAAUCGUCGGUGGUGUUCAACUGGUGUUUACCAUCGCCUCCGGAUUCCUGGUGGAUCGCUACGGCCGUCGGAUUCUCCUGUUGAGUUCGGCUGCCAUCACUUCCAUUUCCCUUACAUCCAUGGGAACGUUCUUCUACUUCCAGCGGAUUUGGGGCGGAGACACAGCCACUAAACUUCUCGGAUGGCUGCCACUCGUUUCGCUAAUAGUUUUCUUUGUUGCCUACUCCGGCGGUAUGAGCAACGUCCCAUUCAUUAUAAUGGGCGAAAUGUUCCCGUCCCAGUAUAGGACCAUGUUGGGAACGAUAACGUCUUCUUUCAAUUUGAUCGUGACCCUGGUAAUUGUCCGUUUCUUCCCCGACAUGCUGAUCCAUUUGGGCAGCGACGUGACGUUUUUCAUCUUUGCCGGAUGCACCUUAUCGAGCAUCGCAUUCGUUUACUUCCUCUUGCCGGAAACUAAAGGCAAAACUCUCGAGGAGAUGGAAGAGCUUUUUAGCAAUGUUAAGAAAGGUGACAAACCGGCAGAGGACGAACAGGCUGCCCUAGCAACGGUCAGCACGCAGUUCACGAACAUAACCGACAACCAACGCGGACUUGUCGAUCAUAGCAUUGUACCACCAGCUAAUGAAGUAGACAGUGACAGAAUCGCUGUUUUCUAAAUAAAAAUAAAAAUUUGAUUUAA